UGUUGUCGUCAUUGUUGUUGUGUUUACUAAGUGUCCACUCGCCGGAGACAUGAAUGAACUGCUCUUUUUCGAUACUUUCUCCCAUGAAGUGAGCGAGAAGGUACAGCUGGACCUGGUACAGUUUCCCCGCCCCGUGCAAGUGACAGAGGUGCGCGCCAUCCCCCUUGGAGCGCGCGUACAGGCAGACUUCCCUGGCGGUGUGCGUUUGGGAGCCACCAACCCCAGCCAGUUUGAGAUUGAGUUCUUUGUGAAUGACCUCAGUAAGCGCGGUGCUGGCACCUUCGAGAGUGUGGGAUGCCUGCAAUACAACCAGCAGGGCAAGAUUCAUAUGGAUUUUGAGAAGAAGGUCCCCACCGAUGGCCUACUCCUGCGCGGUGACUACAACACCAUCACCCUCGCAGUCUAUGGCCACGUGACUAAGGUGCAGAGGGAGCCGUCCCCCGCCCCCCCACAGCUGCCAGCCCCGACCCCCGCCAAGGCCCCCAAGCCCGUGCCGGUCCAGCCUUCCUCUGCCGUGCCCCCCAUCAUCGCCCCGGCACCCCCACACCCGCCACCGGAGAAGCUCAACACCCAUGAUCGAAUACGGGAUUGGCUGGAGGAGACGAGGGAGUGUGUCCCACGCUCUCCCAUGGAAUAUGAGGAGGUGAAGCAGGCAUGGGAGGAGGAGCACCCACGGGAAUUUGAGCGAGAGCGAGAGAGAGAGAGAGACAGAGAGAGGGAUCAACGUACCUACAGAGGGGAUAACCGUGACAGAGAGAGAGAUAGAGAGAGAGAGAGAGACAGGCGAUCGUGGAGUAGAGAGAGAAGUUGGGACAGAAGCGAGAGAGGAAGUUCAAGGAGAGAAUCGCGGAGAGACGUCGAGAGAGACAGAGAGAGAGAGAGAGACCGAGAGAGAGAGAAGGAGCGCGAGAGAGACAGAGAGAGGGAGAAGGAGCGGGAGAGAGAUCGAGAGCGGGAGAAGGAGAGAGAGAGGGAGAGGGAGAGGGAGAGAGAGAGAGAGAAAGAAAGAGAAAGGGAAAGAGAUAGAGGGAGGGAGAGUAAGAGAGAAAGUGAGAGAGAGAAAGAGAGGAGGCACAGUAGAGAUAGCAGAGAGAGAUAUGAGGAAGAAAGAGGAGGAGGAACAAUGGCAUCAGGAGGAGGAGCAGGGGGUGGAGGAGGAGUGGGAGGAGGAGGAGGAGGAGGAGGAGGAGGAGCAACAUCAGGAGGAGGGGGAGGAGGAGGAGGAGGAGGAGGAGGGUUACUGCCAGAUCCUCCCUCCUCUUCUCUUCUUAGGCCUCGACAUUCCUCAGAAAGCGACUACAACCGCCGCCCACGUACUCCACUCGACAACCACAACCCAAGCACCCCAAUUCUCAAUCCCGCACCCCCUCCCCUGCUGCUGCCGCCCACCACCAUCACCACCACGGCCACCACCACCACCACCGCCACGGAGGAGACGGAGGAGAAGGCGGAGGGAAGGGUGGAGGCACUACCAGUCCUCCCUCCACUCCCUGCCGAGGACAUGGAGGCAAUCAGCGACGACGAGGACCUGCCGGACAUCCCUGCGGAGUCUACAGAGGUGGAAGAGGAGUACCAGGUGGAGGAGGUGGAGGAGGGGAUGGAUGGGCCCUCUCCGCACCACCCACAUUUGCCGCAGCACCACCACCACCACCUCCAGCAGCAUCAUCACCAUCUGCAGGCCUCACAUCAUCACCAUCACCACCACCACCACCAUCACCAUAAUCCCGAGGAAGGGGACGAGGGUGAAGCUUUUGGCUACGAGGAGAUCAUCAGUGACGAGGAGGACCUGCCCGAGUACCCAUACGAGGAGGAAUGGGUCAUUGAUGAGUGGGAGGACUGGCUGCGGCCUCUCACCCUGGACCCCCUGCCCCUAGACCCCCCCAAGAACCUCGUCUCCCCAACAGUGACAGAGUUCCAGCUGGCUCUUGACCGCUGCAGGGCCGAGGGGGGGGAGGUGGAGGAGGAGCAGCUGCAGGGCCACAAGCUGGAGGCGCUGCUGACAGAGACCCCCCUUCCCUCCCUGGCCGGUGGAGGAGAGGGCAUGGAGGGGGUGGAGGGGGGAGAGGAGGGGGAGAAGUGGGUGCAGGCAGUGGAGCAUGUGUGCCAGCUGCUGCCAAGAGACCUGCCUCCACUUAUUGCUCGAAAUGGAUUUGAUGUGUGUGGGACGCUAUGUGACUGGGUGGAGGUGGGGCUGGACUUCCAACGCGCCUUAGCUCAGGAACAGCCUGUCUAUAAGAUUCGCCACAUGAAGGUAGGGGUGCGCCUGACCCAGCUGCUGCUCGAGUGCUGCUGUGAGGUGACUCGCCGGGUGCUGCAGAGAGGAGUGUUGGCCAAGCUUCACGCGCUGUACCACAAACCCCACAUGGCUCUCUCUAUGAAGCUGCUGAUUCUGAGAACAAUUGACACCAUAACAAGAACACCCCUGGGACUUAAGUUCUUCCUUGGCCAACCCCUGGAGGAAGAACAGAGAGAGGAGGAGGAGGAGGAAAAGAAGGAAGGAGAGGAGGAACAGAAGGACACAGAGGAGGUAACCAAGAAGGAGGAGGAGAAGAGUGAGAAGGAGAAGGAGGAGGAGGGGUUGAAGGAGGAUGAGGAAGGGAAGAAGAAGGAGAAGACGGGAUACGAGAUGAUGCUGGAGAUGCUGGCAGCUGUGCCUCAGACGCGCGCCAAGAUGGCCCUGGCUGCCACAGUGCGCAAGAUUCACCUGCUGGAUAUCUGCCUGCAGCUUCGGGAGGUGGGGCAGGUCAUCGCCGCUGCCAUGCCCCCCCCACACCACAUCCCUGACCCCCCCAAGCCCAGGGACGAGAUGGGUGUGAUAGAGGAAGAUGUCGGAGAGGGUGAUGAGGGAGGCUGUGGCAGUGCUGGCGGUGGUGGUGGUGGUGGUGGUGAGGGAAGAGUGGAACUUCACCCAGUGUGCCCCCCUGAACUGCCAUUGACCCCCCUCACCACCUGCCUGGCUGAGGUGUGUCGGGUGUACAGGUUUGCCAAUCAGCUCCUGGCACAUCCCCACAGAUGGCUGCCAGGAUCCAAACAGUUCCAGCUGCCCAAGAACCCACACGACCCAUACCCGCAGCUGUACGUGAUCCUGGACAGCGCUGCAUUCCUGGAGGCCCUGACAGGGGUGGUUGGGGUGCUGGGAGGGCUGCAGGGGGGAAUGGUGCUGGAGGACACAAGGAGGCUGAUGGAGGGGAUGCUGGCCCACUCCCACGGUGUGAGGUACCUGGCGGCUCACCCUGGCCCCUCUACCACCCUGGCCAGGAUUAUGGUGCAGAUUGGAGAGGAGGGGCGGGAGGAGGAGGGCAGCCUGUACCAGCUUGGCCUGCACCUGCUGCACACCCUGCACGCCAUGUCCCAGCUGGACGCCCUGGCCCAGCUGGCUGCCACCCACAACCCUGACUACUCCCAGGCCGCCAGCCACUUCAACACCCUGCUGUCCUGCGUGCUGACACCUGCUGGCCGCCAGGCAGUGGUGGGGCUGCUGGGGCUGCAUGGACACCUGGAGGUGCUGUUCCCAUACCUGCGCCUGGGGGCAGGCGAUGACCAGGAGAAUGCGCCCACCCGCCUGGCCUGCUAUGGCUACGCGGUGGAGCUGGUGGUGAUGGUGGUGAAGCUGUGUGAGCGUGUGGAGGCAGUGGAGCGGUGUGGCCCUGCACUGCUGCAGCUGGUGGAGUACGAGGAGGCGCGGGAGGGACCCAAGCUGGAGGAGCACGCCCGCCUGUGCGAGGUGCUGCCAUGGCUGGCCCCGGCACGUGGCCCCGAGGCAGCCCCGGGCUACGACAACCUGGCUGCGCUGUCUGCUGGCCUGAAGGACCAGCUGGAGAAGAUUGACAAGUUCUCCGGGGAGCUGGUGACUCAGCUGCGGCUCAUCCGUCGCCUCAGCGUGCCAGACGAGGCGGUGUCGGCACUGGCACCGGAGGAGCACAACGGGGAGCUGAUUGCUGAGCUCAAGUACCGCUAUGCCACCGUGCAGCUCUUCUCUGCUGACUGCCACACGCAUCUCACCGGCCUGCUGGCACGCCUGUGCACCAUGUAUGCCCAGCCGGCCGUGCACGCCUCCUCCCUGGCCGGCUCGGAGGGUGCUGUGCUGCUGGCCGUGGUGCGGCCUGCCCUGGCCAUCCUCAAGAACAUCCUGACCUACGUGAUUCAGGCGCGCAACACUUCCUUCAAGGAUCUCUCCGCUGUGGUGCCCCUCGUGCAGACCUUCCUCCUGCUGCAGGCCUUCCCCCCUGGCUCCCAGCACAGCGGCCCCGCACAGCAGCUGCAGCGCCAGGUGGUGGCCACACUGCUGCUCUACACACAGCCCAGGCAGGCCGCCCCCGAGGAGGAGGAGGUGGUGGCCAAGAGUCUGUGGACCAAGAUGAUGGCUGAGGUGGUGCGGUACCUGCUGACUGGGCCGCACACGUUCCUGGGUGUGGUGUCACUGCUGCUGGAGCUGCUGCCGGUGCCGGUGCCGGUGCAGAGCCGUGGCGCCCUCAGCCCGGAGGAGGCGGAGCAGGUGAGCAUGCUGCGGCAGGCGUGGUCCGCCCACCUGUACCCGCUGGCACCUGCGCUGCAUGAGGCCGUGCUGCGCCUGGGCUUCACCAGCGUGCCAGCGCUGUGGCACCAACUGCGGCGCCUGUGUGUGGCCCUGGCCGACCUGUCAGCCCCCAUGGCCCUGCUGGUGGCCCGGACAGCGCUGGACCUGGCCCUGCAGGCACACCGGCAGGACCAGCGGGCGUGUGGCGAGGACUUUGGGCCAUGCUCGCCCCAGACAGGCCGCGUGCUGGCCACGCUGGCCCAGCUGGUGUCCCACGCACCCACCAAGGCUGCUGUGCUGCACCUGCUGCGUGGCGGCUCCCCAACACUGGCCGCCGUGCCAGCCAAGGGUGAGGACAAGUACAGUGGCCUGGUGGCGCUGUGGUGCCGCAUCCUCAACGUGGCAGCCAGCGGCUCCCAGGCCCACGUGGCAGCCCAGGACUGCCUGCUGGCCCUCGUCCUGCACCUGUGUGACCACCACAAUGCCCUGGAGCCGCCACCCCGCGAGGCAGAGCCGCCAUCCCUGGAGGGCGUGCCCAACAAGGAGGUGCUGGUGCCAUUGGUGGACGCCCUGGUGGACCACCUCCACAACCCCCACAGCCCGCACCACUCCCUCCACCAGGGUUUGCGUGCCCUCAUCCACCUCACUGAGCACGACUACGGCUUCUUCCACAUCAGGAGCGUGAUGGAGAAGAAGAAGGCGUGCCUGCUGAGUCUGUUCAAGCGGCUGAGCUCCGGCUUCCGCAAGGAGAGCAUGGACCACCUCACAUCCCUGCAGGGGGCCGUGGAGCUGUGCCACCUGCUCAUAGUCUCCCCCCCCGACCAGGCCCGCACCCUUACUGCCUCCCCUCAUGACCUGGCCAACUACCUGGGCUGGAAGGCAGGGGGGUACGAGACAUCCUUCACCCGACACCCUGCCAAGGACGCCCCACACCCGAAGGACUCCCGGCCCAAGGAGGAGCAGGAGGAGGGCGAGGCGAAGGAGGAGGAGGUGGUGGAGGAGGGAGAGGCAGCGGCUGUGGAGGAGAGGAAGGAGGAGGAGAAGGGAGGAGGUGGUGGAGAUGUGAUGGUGAAGAAGGAGGAAGGAAAGAAGGAGGAAGAGAGGAUUCAUCCACUGAAGCUGUUGGAGAGUCAAGUUGUGGCGGAGGGAUGUGAGGAGGAACUGAUGGAAACUUUGUACGAGGAUAUUUACCAGCUUAUCUUGACCUUAGAGAACGCCGGAACACAGAACACGGACAGCAAGGAGUUGAGUGAGCCUCCCGGGCCGGAUGGAGAGGGGCUGCUGGCUCUGUUCAGCGGAAGGACUGUGUGGACCAGCCUUCCGUCACCCUCCCAAGAUGAUAUACCUGCCUACUGGAUCAACUUGCCACCCCCACAGGAGCCUGACCACGGUGAAAUGGUGUCCACCAACCUGCUGGAGAUCUGCCUGCAGUAUGCUGGGGAUUACGACCUGGUGGGCAGCCUGCACAAGCUGGUGAAGGGGCAGGGGGCACAGGCACUCACCCCACAGAAGCUGGCAGGGAAGGGGCCACCGAGAUACAAACACAGUGCUGGAGCUAUCAGGGCUGACAAGAGAGGCCGCCCAUUUGUUGCUCCUAUGCGUGGCCGUCCCUUCACCCGCGGCAUGAACCUCCGCAGCGACCCGUUCCGUUCUCGGCCGCCUAACACGUCGCGGCCGCCUUCCCUCCACGUGGACGACUUUGUGGCCCUAGAGAGCACCGGCCACCAGCCCACAGGUCCUACAGGAUACAACAAGAUAUCCUUCGGCAGGGGCAAGUUCCUGCUUGACUCAAUGCGAGGAGGGCGUGGCAGCAGAGGGGGGCGGGGGAGCGAGAGCCGAGGCACCAGAUUCUUCCACCGACCUCCCUUUAGGCCAGACUCAGGAACCGUUCGGGGCAUCACUCCAAGAGGACGUGGGGCACCCUGGCUGUUUCGGGGCGAGACCUCACCACGGGGCUACCGGGGGGCAGCGGCCAGCUCAGGGGGCAUGAGGUACCUUCGGGGGCGGGGCCUGUACACGCGGGGCAACGGGAACACCAGUGGAGGACAGAAAGAGAGGUUCCCUGUAAAGUUUCCCGAGAGAGGAGGAAGACGCGAUCUGAAUGGGGGAAGGCAUAUCAGGGGAGGGUUCAGGUAAAGAGAGAGAGAGAGAGAGAGAGAGAGAGAGAGAGAGAGAGAGAGAGAGAGAGAGAGAGAGAGA